UGACGCGAGGGUCCUCGCCUGCGGGGGCCUCGCGCCGCGGUGCAUGCUGGGAGUUGUAGUCCAAAGCGGUCGCGGCGACACCGAGCCCGAGCGGGGCGGGCGGCGGCGGAGAACUACAACGCCCGGGGAGCCCCUCGCUCGGGGCAGGCGGUAGCGCUGCAGGGCCGCGGCGGCGGUUGUGGCGGGCGGCGGGGCCGCCAUGGACCUCUUCGGGGACCUGCGGCGCAUGAACAAGCGGCAGCUCUACUACCAGGUCCUGAACUUCGCCAUGAUCGUCUCCUCCGCCCUGAUGAUAUGGAAAGGGCUGAUCGUCGUCACCGGCAGCGAGAGCCCCAUUGUGGUGGUGCUCAGUGGCAGCAUGGAACCAGCUUUUCACAGGGGAGACCUGUUGUUCUUAACAAAUUUCCAUGAUGACCCAAUCCGAGCCGGUGAAAUAGUUGUUUUUAAAGUUGAAGGCAGAGACAUUCCAAUAGUUCACAGAGUAAUCAAAAUUCAUGAAAAAGAAAAUGGGAACAUCAAAUUUCUGACCAAAGGUGAUAAUAAUGAAGUUGAUGAUAGAGGCUUGUACAAAGAAGGUCAGAACUGGUUAGAGAAGAAAGAUGUUGUUGGAAGAGCAAGAGGAUUUUUGCCCUAUGUUGGUAUGGUAACUAUAAUAAUGAAUGACUAUCCAAAAUUUAAGUAUGCUCUUCUGGCAGUAAUGGGAGCUUAUGUACUACUGAAACGGGAAUCCUGAAGGAAGGAAAAGGAAAAAAAUCACUUUUCCAAGAACAAAGUACGAAAUUAAAUAUACAGGAGAAAAAGCCUAAUAUAUUUCAGAUGUUUUACUUUCUGUAUACUGUUACAAAGCUGUGCAAACUUUUGUCUUGUCUAAAUAAACUGUGCAA